CUUCACCUCACCUCACCUCACCUCACCUUCACCCCCCCAGAAAAAAACCAAAAUGUCCCCAUCAUCCUUACCCCCCAACCUCAUCCCUGAAAUCUCCGCAUUCGUAACAAAAUGCAUGGCCUCCCACGACCCCUCCCACAACCCCCAACACGUGCACCGGGUCGUGUCAUUAGCAAACCAAAUCCUAGUCCGCGAAAAAGCCCGGAACCCCUCUUCUUCUUCUUCUUCUUCUUCUUCUUCUUCUUCUUCUUCUUCUUCUUCUUCUUCUUCUUCUUCUUCUUCUUCUUCUUCUUCUUCUUCUUCUUCUUCUUCUUCUUCUUCUUCUUCUUCUUCUUCUUCUUCUUCUUCUUCUUCUGCAGUCUACAAUGCAGACAUAGUGCACCUUGCAGCACUACUCCAUGAUAUCGGGGACCGGAAAUAUUUAUCGCAGGUGGCUGCUAUUUCGGAGUCGAUUCGGGGCAAGCAGCAGCAGCAGCAGGGUACUACUACUACUACCAGCACCGCGAACUCAUCCGAGGCGGUGGAUCCUGAGCGGUUGGUUUAUUAUGUGCUUUUGGCGCAUGGGGUGGAAGAGGUGGUGGCGGAGAAGGUGCAAAUGAUUGUUUCGCAUGUGUCGUAUACGACUGAGAGGGCGAAGCCGGAGGAGGUGAGGAGGUUGAUUGCCGAUGGGUAUCCGGAGUUGGGGAUUGUGCAGGAUGCGGAUCGGUUGGAUGCCAUUGGGGCGGUGGGGAUUGGAAGGUGUUUUACUUUUCUUGGGGCCAAGGGGAAGAACUUUUGUCCUGAGGGCAUGUGGGUGAUGGAUAAUGCGAUUGAGCAUUUUGAGGAGAAGUUGGUGAAGCUGGAGAGUAUGAUGAAGACAGAGACUGGGAGGGAGAUGGCUAAAGUGCGCACGGCCAGGUUGAAGGAGUUUCAGGGCUGGUGGGCGGAGGAAAUGAAAGACGCCGCAUAGAAAGAUCCCUUUUUUACGAAUAUCGGCGAGAACGACAUGUGACGGCAUUCAAUGCGAUAUAAAUUAACCUAGAGACAUCCAGUCCGAAAUCAUGCUAUCCAGUCUAUCGAUUCUCAAUACACUAUUGGGUAUGUGACAGGUGACAAUAUUAUCUGCUGUAAAUGUGCGCGCAUAGAGAAAGGAACGUGUGGUUCAAACAACCUGAUGCACUCG